AUGCUUACCCUAAAGGUGGGCCAUAUCUGUUCUAGUUUCUAUACCUUUCUAACGAACGCAGUGUCCUGGGCUUGUUUCAAGAUCAAAACCGUAAACAGCCCAACUAAAUACCACUGGCAGCAACCCUGCAUUUAUGUGGAAUGGGACUGCAAAACAGGCCGCCAACUGGUUUUCAUCUUCAGCCUUCGUGAUUCCUGGGUCUCAUCUUUCGUCGACCAUAUCCCAGACCAUGAGAAGCGAACGGUGAAUCCUUUCGCGUGGCACCACGCAUUUGCCAAGGAGGUUCUGCAGAUUUAUGAUUCUGCGCAUUGGAAAUUGCGUGAUAUAGUCCGGGCUGAAGAAAAGGCAUGGCACUAUCAUGGCAUUCUCCUCCCGCAGCGAAACCGAGAUGAAUUACAGAAUAAGGCAGAUGGUCGUCUCCCACACGACAUUUCUCGACAUCUCUAUCAUUACCAGGAGACGAUCGAGGUUGCCGAUAACACGCUUCAAGCUCUUCUUACAGCACAAGAGCGUUGGCGGCAGGAAAGUCCACGUCAAGUCUUGCAUGUUUUACCCUCAUGGUUGGACACAUACUCGGGCCUUCUCUUCGAGAAAAACCGAGUGUUUUCCUUGAUAUGCAGGAUAAAAGGUCUAAAUGACAGACAUAUAAAUGAAAUAAACCUGUCAUUUAAUCUCAUCUCUGAGAGGUCUAGCCGAGCGUCUUCAUCAGGCAACCCUAUGAAGGCCGUUCUUACCCUCUGUCUUGUCUAUCUUCCAGGCAUCUUUGUCUCAACAUUAUUUAGUACGAGCUUUUUCAGUAAUCAGUCAGACAUAUUUACCAUUUCGUCCAGUUUCUGGGUAUAUUGGGUGAUCGCAAUUCCACUGACACUCGUCACGUUUCUUCUGUGGGCGACGGCCAAUCCCGCAAACGUUUUACGAAAUAUUGCAGGGGUUAAGGGGACAGUACAGACACAGGACAGUCCUACGGUCUUAGACAGGGAGAAGCAAGCAAUUUCAAAACUGCAAACUCCCUUGAAGGGCCUUGGUUGGAGGAGAAGCGCUGUUGGGGGUCACGAACCGGUUUGA